AUACUGUCUUGUACUUUCUAGCACUGCUAGUAGGAAAGUCAACAACAGUGAAAGUCAAUAGCAAGACGGAGCUAAAAUCUUUUAGUUUUGGUUUGCACAGUGACCGACUAGCCCCGUAGUAGUGUUCGAACACACAAGCAAGUGUCGGAACAAAGCCUCAAUAGCCAGGCAUCCGUGUAUUCGUACUUGCACAAGCUGGUCGAAAGCGGCAGGCUGCGUGCGCAAAGUCCUGUAACUUCGGCCUUGAAUUCGAUGAGGCUGCUGCUGCCGCCGCCGCUGCUAUCUGUGCUCGGGGAGCGACUGAGAUGGAGCGUGAGAGUGACAUAGGAGCCAUGCAACGGUGCCCUAGCGUGGACCCGCUGAGCUCUUAUAUUAACCAUGCUUCUUCCGGAUCGAAUGGAAGUGUGUUGCCAACCCCUGCACAAGCAACUGGAGCAGCAGCCUCGUCUUUCAUCUCUCCCCUUGGGCCGUCGUCCAUGGUGCAGCAUAGUGCUUGUGUCCCCGGUAUGAACGGCUCCGGCUCAAGUUUGAGUAUGAUGGCCGGUCCGUCGUAUAUGACCGGUCUUCACGGCCAACCAGGUAACAUGGCCGGUUCUCUCUAUUCCGCCCCUGAGCUGAAGACGGAGAGGAAGUUAUUCCUACCAUUCCUGGAGCAACUGCUCGACGAGGAGACAAUCGAGGGACUGCACUGGAUCGACAGGGACAAGCGGAUUUUUCGCAUGCCCUGGAAGCACAUGAAGCGGCAUGACUAUAUCCAGGAGAAGGACGCAGCACUGUUCAAAGCAUGGGCGAUCAACUCUGGUAAAUACAAAGAAACUGAUCCGGACCCGUCGCGCUGGAAGAUUAACUUUCGGAGCGCUCUGAACACCAUGAAACACGUGUUCGUGGAGAUAAUGGAUGAGAAUGUGGAUCGAGACGACUGCCGCAUCUUUCGCAUUGCCGUGCCGCCAACGGAGACUGCUGCCGCAAAUCGUAGAAAGCGAGCCAUGAUACCCGUGCUGGCACAGCGCACCACUGGGCAAGCGCCCAUCAAGCCAUGUCCGGUGACGGCAGCAAUGCCAACGUUUGCAGACUAUGGCCAGACUACUUCUCAGACCUCUGACCAGGUGCACUGGCAGCAGCAGCAGCAGCAGCAGCAGCAGCAGCAGCAACAGAUGGUAUCGGGUGGUGGUAUGCAAGCCUCUGGCCAUGGCUGGGCAAUGGGCCGUGUUUCCCAUGCGCCGGGGCAGGGCGCAAUGCCCUGGGCAGGGCAGAGCAUGGGGCAGGUGCAAGUUGGGUGGUCGCAUACGGGCAUUACGCAGGAGCAGCAUUCCGAGAUGCUACGGUUGCAGGAGGCGCAGGCGGGAUUGCACGAUGCAAUAGAGAUAGCAAAAGCACAGUUCAACCUAGAAAAUGUUGGUGAAAGUGGAGAGCCCAUCACUCUGGAGGGAACGUUUCACGUGAUCUAUUGUGGAUCAGUGAGCAGUGUAACCCUUCAUAUUAUACUCCAGCUAUCGUUUCCACGCCAACCACCUGAUGUUAUUGUGGUACAUGCUGAGGACGUGGACUUAUGUCGACGCUGUGAAAGUCUCAUUCAGCAGAUGGACUACAACCUGUAUUGGUCUUAUCGUUCGUGCAACUUGAUUGGCUUCUUGGAUUCCCUCGCCACUGAGCUGGAGAGGCAUGACUUGAGAGAGGUGAUAUGCACGACGCCACCAUUGCGGGUACUGUUGAACUGCCGCGCCAAGCGUCCUUCUAGAAAGCAACGUCCGCGCGGCUGGCAGACGCAUGGCCGAACGGGGCGCAGCGAAGGCUCGCCACUCGAUGCUCAGUCUGAUCCGUCAGAAGCUCAAGGAGCAGCAGACAGCGGUGAGGCUGCUGCAGGUGACAACGCUGGCCAGUCGGAGUCCCAGCAAGGGAACCGUAAGAAGAGAAAGCACUCGGCAUUCCAGCCUUAUCGGAAGCCGGAAGGCCAAGGAGAAUCUGGCACUACGACAGGGAGUCCAAAGCGUAUCAGGACACUUGGUCCGCCGCCUCUAGCAAGGCUCUCAGACCAGGAGGAGAUCAACAAAAGCGGUGCACGCGCAAUGCGUGGUCACGAGGCUGACCAGACGGACCUGACGAAUAGCUCGCUGCGUAGUGGUGAUCGUGACAAUGAAGAGCAGACAGCCAGACAAGUUGGCAAGUAUCAUGAUGGAGCUGGUGAGAUGCUACUGGACAGCAACUUUCCAGAUUUGAAGGCUUACUGUAUCUACUUGGAAGACCAAUGCGCUGCAAAGGAUCUACAGUUGCAAAAGAAGAGCAGUUCAUUGAAAGAUUAUCAAGCACGCAUUGCUGAGUUGGACCGGGCUUACAACGACAUGCAACAUCAUGUCCAGCGGCAAGUAUUCGAAAUAUCAGAUCUUCGCCAGUGCCUGGAUGUCAAGCAAGCACUUGUUGACAAGCUUGAAUCCCAGCUGAGUGUUUCCAAGUACUAUCUGACAUCAGCCCAGCAGAAGCUAAACAAAGCCCCGUACUUGUCACAAGUGCGCAGGGAUGAUCGCGAGGUGGUCGACAUACUAGUACGCCGCAAGCCACAGCCGGUGCACGCCGCCAUGAGCAUUCCGAAUGAACAUGACGCAAACGAGAACGAGUCUGAACAGAUGGGCGGAAGGCACACAGGAGGAGAGGACUCAGUUGGCAACAGUAGUCGGAGACUCCUAGCAACCGCAGCUACGGUGCCCAUCGGUUUUGGUGAUGAAGGCAAGGACCAUGAAGCAGAUGCAGAGACCGAUAGCAUCCAUCCUGUUGAGCAUAUCAAGAAAGUGACGGAUUACGAGUCAAAGUGUGUUCCCUGGGAAGGGUUCUCCAGUGACAGUAGCAGGGCUGCUUCACCCACUGCCUUGAUUUUGGACACGGCUGGAGACAGUGACUGUGCGGAGGAGGCGGAAACAAGGACAGCACGCCUUGGGAACCUCUAUUUCGAAGAUGAUGCUCCAUCUCCACCUGGCAUGCAGGGAGAAUCACAUUCAGGUGCAGCAAACCAUGCUGAUGAUUCCCCGGCACCGGUGAGACAAACUGCUACCAAUACUGCUAGUGGAGAAGCUGAAGAAAGGAAGGAGUGACCUCUACUUGACAACAUCGUGAAUGUGAAGAGAUGGUGUAUGUGCAGGUGUUUGUACAAUCCCCGUUGUUCCAUUCAAGGCAGUCUAGCACUGACGGAUGUCAGCAUUGGGGAAAUCAAAGAAUCGGCAAGUUGUACUUAACUAGGGUUCUGGUGCCAUUGCUUGGGAGUAUUGUGCCAGUCAUUUAAUAUGUGGAAGAAGAUACCGAGGAAGGUCGGCAUCAGUACGGUGCUCAGUCACAUCUACCUGCGUAUAUGAAAUUACGAAGUCUUGAAACAGCCGUGCCAACCAGUAUAACACCUGAUGUUGCGACAUCCGGUAUCAUAUGCUGCAUUCCACUGUGGCUGCUAACGGCCGCCAUUGCCGGUGUUCGACGUACGAUUGUCACAUAUUGGAGUCAUUGCUCAAAUUCUACUUUUUUUUAAAGUAUUUUCAGGAUGAUCAACGUGAUGAAGGAACUUUAAUUUGUGUUUGCAAACUAUGUAAACCGCACAGAGUACUUGGGAUUUUAGUAGAGAGUAAUUCUAUCCGAUGCAGUCUUCUCGCGUAUUUCUUCAUUUAUUGUAUGGAUGGAAACAGCUAAUUUAAAACUUCAUUUUAUUGUUCCGACAAGCCACACUGCAUCCUCAGUUGCAAGUUAAAAUUUACACUAAUAAUAACUGUCUAAUAAAACAGUCUAAAAGAGA